CUCCACCACCGCCCGUGCCCUGCCCCACCCGCCGCCCAUGUUCCUUCCGCAGCGCCCCAAGGCGGGCGCCAACAAGUCGGCCGCACAGGACGCGCAGCAGCAGGCCCGCCUGCGCCCCUGGGUGGAGAAGUACCGGCCAAAGACGAUCGACGAUGUGGCGGCGCAGGAGCACACCGUCGCCGUGCUGCGCAAGACACUCAUGUCCGCCAACCUGCCCCACAUGCUCUUCUACGGCCCGCCGGGCACGGGCAAGACGAGCACCAUCCUCGCCCUCGCGCGCCAGCUCUUUGGGCCGGAGCUGCUCAAGUCGCGCGUGCUCGAGCUCAACGCCUCCGACGAGCGCGGCAUCUCCGUCGUGCGCGAGAAGAUCAAGAACUUUGCCAAGAUGGCCGUCAGCAACGCCAACAUCGACUUUCCGUGCCCGCCGUACAAGAUCAUCAUCCUGGACGAGGCCGACUCGAUGACGCAGGAUGCGCAGUCAGCGCUGCGCCGCAUCAUGGAGCAGUACUCGAAGAUUACGCGCUUCUGUCUGGUCUGCAACUACGUGACGCGCAUCAUCGAGCCGCUUGCCUCGCGAUGCAGCAAGUUCCGCUUCCGCUCGCUCGACCAGGGCAGCACAAAGGAGCGCCUCGAGGCGAUCGCGCAGGCCGAAGAUGUGGCCUUUGACGACGGCGUGCUGGACACGCUGAUCCACACGUCCGACGGCGACCUGCGUCGCGCCAUCACGUAUCUGCAGUCUGCGUCGCGCCUUCACAACUCCGGCACGUCCUCCAAGACGCCCGUCACGCGCACGUCGAUCGUCGAGAUUGCAGGUGUGGUGCCGCAGCCUGUGGUGCACGCGCUGGCGCGCUCGCUCGGCUUGGACCCACCGCCGGACGCUGAUGGCAACGACGAGGACAUCGAGAUGCUCGCGCCGGGCCCGGAGAAGACGCCCUUUGAGAAGGUGCAGAAGCAGUGCCGCAACAUCGCCAUGGAGGGCUACUCCUCGUCGCAGCUGCUCAUUCAGCUGCACGACUUUGUCAUGCUCCACCCGCUCCUGGGCGCCAAGGCCAAGGCACGCUGUGCGCUUGCCUUCGGCGAAGCCGACAAGGCGCUUGUGGACGGCGGCGACGAGGAGCUGCAGUUCCUGAACCUCUGCCUGAAGCUGCGCACUGCGCUUGCUUGACACUCCUCGCCCGCUGGCCCGCUGCGUUUCGCUCCCUGUCACUGUCUGUUCGCUCAUGUACUUCUAGCCAACCAAUCAGCACGCUCGUCUUCACUCAAUGCGCCAGAACAGAUGCCGC